CUCUGGUGACAUUGGGCCUGGGCCGCGACGCGAGGAGGACGUGACAGCUUGCGAGUAACGACCGCCGAGCCCGGUGCACAGCGACGCCGCCACCAUGUUCAGCCUUAUGGCUCGCCACGCCCGCAGGCACCCGAGCUUGCUCCCGCUCUUCUUGUUCAUCGGAUGCGGGGGCGUCGGCGCGGCCCUCUACCUCCUGCGCCUGGCGGUCUCUAGCCCCGAUGUCUGCUGGGACAAAAAAAAUAACCCUGAGCCUUGGAACAAACUGGGUCCCACUGACCAGUACAAAUUCUUUGCGAUUAAUGUUGACUACAGUAAACUGAAAAAGGAGCGUCCUGACUUCUGAAGGAUAUUCUCCCUUUACAAGCUGCACAGAACCAGAGGUCUUCCGGAAGCUGUCCGCACAAGUGAUAUACUUAAUCAUCCAGGAAAUGUUAAUUAAGUUUGCCUCACACUGCACUUAAUCAUGUAUUGGAGAGUAGCUUGUUGGGGCUUAAUAAAUGUCUGAAACUUGAA